GGGCGGGAGUCGCUGCCUUAUGGAUGUCGCCCAAGCGGGGAGGGACCGCAUGGGUUGGGCUCGCUCUUUAUUUUGGCCCGCGGUGACGCCCGGUCCUGCCCGCCGUUGGUUAUUAUGGAUGCAAUCAUUAUUCAGGAGCGAUUAGUCGAGCGCCUGCUUUCGCCAAGGACUCUGAACCAACGCAGCCAUUCAGCCAAGCUGAAGGUACAGGGGAUAUUUAUAGCCGGAGCUGAGCUGCCGAGCAGGAGGAGGCUGGGCGGGGGGAAGCCAGGAUGGUGCCCGAGGAGAAGCCUGGAGCCCAGGAAGAGGCUCUCAAAGGGCAGGACGGCAGCCGGACGCAGUCGGACCACGAGAAGCAGUAUGUGGGCUUUGCCACCCUUCCCAACCAAGUGCACCGGAAAUCCGUCAAGAAGGGCUUUGAUUUCACCCUCAUGGUGGCAGGAGAGUCCGGCCUGGGGAAGUCGACUUUAGUGAACAGCCUGUUCCUGACCGACCUCUACAAAGACCGGAAGCUUCUCAAUGCCGAAGAAAGAAUCAGUCAGACAGUUGAGAUUGUGAAGCACACGGUGGACAUUGAGGAAAAGGGGGUGAAGCUGAAGCUGACGAUAGUCGACACGCCGGGUUUUGGAGACGCUGUGAACAACACCGAGUGCUGGAAGGCUAUCACGGAUUACAUCGACCAGCAGUUUGAGCAGUACUUCCGGGACGAGAGCGGCCUCAACCGGAAGAAUAUUCAAGACAACCGCGUGCACUGCUGCCUGUAUUUUAUCUCACCCUUUGGCCAUGGGUUGAGGCCGGUCGAUGUGGAGUUUAUGAAGGCGCUGCACGAAAAAGUGAACAUAGUGCCCCUCAUUGCCAAAGCGGAUUGCCUCGUUCCUUCGGAGAUCAAGAAGCUAAAAGAGAGGAUCCGGGAGGAGAUUGACAAAUUUGGAAUUAAGGUUUACCAGUUUCCGGAGUGCGAUUCGGAUGAAGACGAGGACUUCAAGCAACAAGACAGAGAGCUAAAGGAAAGCGCUCCCUUUGCCGUCAUUGGCAGCAACACGGUGGUCGAAGCCAAGGGUCAGAGAGUACGGGGCCGCCUCUAUCCCUGGGGCAUUGUGGAAGUGGAAAACCAAGCACACUGCGACUUCGUGAAGCUGCGGAACAUGCUGAUCCGGACGCACAUGCAUGACCUGAAGGACGUGACUUGUGACGUUCACUACGAGAACUACAGAGCACAGUGUAUUCAGCAGAUGACCAGUAAGCUGACUCAGGACAACCGGAUAGAGAGCCCGAUCCCAAUCCUGCCCCUCCCGACCCCAGAUGUCGAAACGGAGAAGCUGAUCAAGAUGAAGGAUGAAGAGUUGCGGCGAAUGCAAGAAAUGCUGCAGAAGAUGCAGCAGCAGAUGCAAGACCAGUGACCCGGGCGCCGGGACGGAAGGGUCCAGGAGGCCACCCUUGCCUCAGUUGGCUGUUUGUUCAUCCGGAACCGUGGACUCGCCGGGAAGGACUUUCUGAUUGCAGAGAACGAAACGAAACCAAGACUCGUGAGCAAGGGUGACACCUACUCCCUCUCUCUCUCUCCUUUGAUGGUAGCCAUUCUUUGUUAGUAGGACGACGAAGAGAGGGGAGGGGAAGCGGCUGGUGUGGCCGCUCACUGAGAAGCCCCUCCCGUCUUCAGAAUAUCCCGACCCCCCUCGACUGUUCCCCUCCUCUUUCCUAGAUGUACUAAACUCUUGUUAGGGAGCAUCCCGGUAUUUAAAAGACAACGAUCGCUGUUUCUAUGGGAUAUGAAUUUUGAGGACUCUGUGAAAAUGCACGUAAAUGUUUACUCUUAACCAAGGUGCUGUGAUCUCUCUCCAGCCCCCCGUAUACGAUUUUGAAAAAUCCCCCAACUUCUCUACGGUCGUAGCAAGGCCAGUGUUACCUCUGGGGACAAUAGAUAUCAUAGAUAUUUCCGAAAUGGGGGAAUAAGCGAAGAGAUCGGGCCGCUUCUUGUGCCUGAGGCAUUCCCUUUAUCGCUGUUGGUUUCUUUUUUAUUUCUCCAGCCACUUUGAGAGAGAACGGGCAGAACGUUGGUUGGCGUUUCGUAGGGCAGAGAGGUGGGCAGGUCCACGUUUUGCCUCGAAACAUUCCUGGCGGAUUUCCCCUCAUUCCCAUUUUUAAAAAAUGACAUGAGUGGAAGAGAGAGAAUCGUACCAAACAGCAUCCACUGCCCUUGUUUGAGGAGAGAUGUGGGUAGCAUGCUCUUCUGACCAAAAGGGUCAAAAAACCUUCCGUCGAGGCUUAACCUCUUGUCCUGUGAACCCGUCCUUCGGAAUUCAGAAACUGAAUUGGAUGGUGUGUAUCCAAUGCCUCGGCGCUCUGUUUUGGUCCCCAAACAUGGAGGCUGGAGAGAAAAGUGUGUGUUUGCUCAGCUACAAAUGGUGUUGUUGGCGUUGGAAGUGUGGUGCCGAACUCGGCGUCGCUUCGGGCAGCCCUGCGGUGUGAAUGUGUGCCGUGCGCGCUUCUUUGCUUGUUUCGUUCCGUCAUGCCGUACCAAGACUAGAAGAGAAAGCUAACCAUGUGACUUAAAGACUCACGGGGCCAUGGAAGUGACUGAGUAUCAAAAUAAUAAUAAUAAUAAUAAUAAUAAUAAUAAUAAUAAUAAUAAUACUUUAUUUCUAGACCGUCCUCUCUCCACAUAGGGACUCAGGGCGGUUAAUAUACAUAUAAACGGCAAACGUUCAAUGUCCCAAUUUCUUCAUUAAUAUCUUGCAGUCAUGCCGGCCACAUGACCUUGGAGGUGUCUACUGACAACGCCGGCUCUUCGGCAUAGAAAUGGAGAUGAGCACCAACGCCCAGACCUUUACCUUUACUUAUAAAAUGACAAUAACAUGCACAUUAUAAUCAAAUUCCACAUUAAAAAAACAAUGUAUUACAAUAUUAUAUAUUAUUGUAAAUUAUAUUGUAUAUAUGUAUAUACAGUAGAGUCUCACUUAUCCAAGCCUCGCUUAUCCAAGUUUCUGGAUAAUCCAAGCCAUUUUUGUAGUCAAUGUUUUCAAUAUAUUGUGAUAUUUUGGUGCUAAAUUCGUAAAUACAGUAAUUGCAACAUAACAUCACUGCGUAUUGAACUGCUUUUUCUGUCCAAUUUGUUGUAAAACAUGAUGUUUUGGUGCUUAAUUUGUAAAAUCAUAACCUAAUUUGAUAUUUAAUAGGCUUUUCCUUAAUUACUCUUUAUUAUCCAAGAUAUUCACUUAUCCAAGCUUCUGCCGGCCCGUUUAGCUUGGAUAAGUGAGACUCUACUAUACAUUUAAAUAUGACAAUCAGUCAAAACAUUAUUGUACAGAAUUAUUGCACAAAAUAGCUUAGUGCAGUACAACCCCCUUAUCCACGGAUUCGAUAUCUACAGUUUCACUUAAUCAAAUAUAGGCUUUGCUCUUAUCCAUAUGUGUUUCUUUGUGUCUUGGAACACAUCCCCUGUGGAUAUGGAUACUAUAUGGCACAUAGACUGAAACUAUAUGGGGCUGGACUGCUUUUUUGUCGCAGAUAAUGAUUUUUUCCCCUGACAUAGCCACUUUCAUAGACAGAUCCUCAUUCUCUGAUGCUUGGACAUAGAAUCAUAGAAUCUGCCCUGGGGUGAUUGAGCAGAAUAUAAAUAAAAUUAUUAUUAUUAUUAUUAUUAUUAUUAUUAUUAUUAUUAUUAUUAUUAUUAUUGUAUGACACAGCAAACAAGAUAGACAUGCUGGAUUUCGUUUCACAAAAUCACAAGUCGAACACCUCCCAAGUGUCUAGGACUGUGUGAUGUAUUUUCGGAUGAUGUGCGCAGAUCCCAGUAGGGUGGCCUUUUGCAGUUGGCAGAUCGUAAUUUUUAUUACGAUCGUUAUUAUUAUUACUUUAUUCUAUGACACAGCAAACAAGAUAGACAUGCUGGAUUUUGUUUCACAAAAUCACAAGUCGAACACUUCCCAAGUGUCUAGGACUGUGUGAUGUAUUUUCGGAUGAUGCGUACAGAUCCCAGUAGGGUGGCCUUUUGCAGUUGACUAUUAUUAUUAUAAUAAUUAUUAUUAUUUGAAACACAACAAGAUGAGUCCACAGCAGACACUCUGCUGGCUGUUGUAUUGGAUUCCACGUCAGACACUUCCCAAUUAUUAUUAUUAUUAUUGUUAUUAUUAUUAUUAUUUUUUGAAACGCAACAAGACGAGUCCACAGCAGACACUCUGCUGGCUGUUGUAUUGGAUCACACGUCGGACACUUCCCAAUUAUUAUUAUUAUUAUUAUUAGAAUCCUAGAGUUGGGAGAGAAUCCAAGGACCAUCCAGUCCAGCCUCAUUCCGCCAUGCACAGACACACUCUCAAAGCCCUCCUGACAGAUGGCCAUCUAGCCUCUGCUUCAAAAACUCCAGAGAAGGAAAGUGUUAGACACCUUGCAUCCCAAAAUCCACAUUCCGCCCACGAGAAAUUCAAAUUGAAGAAGUGGGAAGUGAUUGGAGGGGCUCUCCAUCCUGUGGAAAACUUGGGUUGGUCAACUAGGGAGGGAGAUAGACUUCUCCAGUGCCUUGCCUUGAUCUUACAUCACUUGGAGAAAGAAUGAACAAAUCCACAAAUCCCAGAAUCCCAUCAGAUGGAACUUAUGUUCCUGGUGGGAGUUGUAGAUCAUUGUCCUGAAAGAAACCUAAGAGCCAUGGUUGUCCAACUGUUGGACAACUAUCUUCUGGAAGGUGGCAUCCAUGGCUUUGGAUGACUCUCUAUAAGGGAUAUGUUGUCCUUCCCUCCCUCGGAAAGCAGAGGAAUCUGUUGAAGAGAGAUUAGCGUCCUCUCUUUCUGUGGCUGUGGUUGUGUUCCACUUCUAUGCUACUUUCAAGCUUAUCUUACACCCCAGGAGGACAUCUGCUGGUGGUUUGCUCUCCCCCGAUAAGGCCAUGCAACCAGUGCGACCACACUACAGCCAUAUGUCCAUAUGUGGCCAAGACAUUGCUUGGCGGCUUUCUCUCUCUUGGAAAUCCUACUGUUUUGGAGCAUGCAGCCCUGUGGUUGAAGACUUCUAGAACUUAUAAUCCCAGAAAUUUCCAAAUUGUGUAUGGUGCGAGGAAGCCAGAUGAUGUCAAGGCUAGUUCUUCAAUAUUGGUAGUAUGUUCUCCAGCGAGAACAGGUUGGUCUUGGGUUGAAGUCCGGUCAAACAGGAUCAUGGAGAGGAGAAGACUAGAUUGAAACCUUACUUAGAGUCAACGGAGAGCUCAUGUCGCCUUGGAUAAGGUAGCUUAUGAUGGUAGAACAUGGAGGACGUAUGGGAUGGAGGUGGCACCAUUUUUGGUUUGGCCAGUCCUGAAAACAUCAAGUCCUUUCCUCUCCGGGUUGUUUUGCUUACAUCGUCAAUACCUCUCCCAGGUGUUGUGCUUUGUGCAAUGACUCUACUGGAGUUUUUGCAUGAAUUGGUCAGUGUUGACAUUGUUCCGACGCACGUGGUAUCGGUCUGUUGUCCUCUCCAGUUACUGGGAAUAGGAGGAGUAUGGUUCCAUUGCUGUUGGUUUUGCCCCCGGACUGUUUGGCUUCUCUUGGAAGGCAUAAUAGGGCCGAUAUUACGGGAACUCAGUCCGAGGAGUGGCUUGGACAUUGCAUUAAAACCUACUUUCCCCAUAAUUUUACGUUUCGCUUCCCACAAUUUGGGCACUGCAUGCUGAAUGACAGUCACCCACACUUUCGUUGCAUUCCCCAUCAGGGCCCGGCACUUCUAGACUCCCUUCUGUUGGUACUUAUUUGUGUUGUGUUGUGUUUGGAAAUCUGUCUGGUGGUGGUGGUGUGAGUGUGUGUGUGUGUUGGGGGGCAAGCCUUGUGUUUCCAUGAGUAAAAGUGGGAGGUUGGCGGGAGCGGGGUGCGGUCUCGGGGGUGUUGUGUGCCUCCCUCGGAGAGGCAGUGAGCCUGUAUUUUUCUUUUGUGAUGGUGUGUGCCCACGUGCCGGCUUGCCCCUGUGGCCGGCGCUUGGCUCCUUGAUGGUACUAGCUUUCUGCUUGUUCUCACAGGUCGUUCCGCAUGCCUUUUUGACGUUUUUGUUGUGACCCGGGGAAAGGGGAAGGGGGUCGUCUCCCCGUGCCAUGUACUGGUUUCUUGCCUUCCCUUGGGCUUCCCCCACCGCCCUCGUGGCAGCCAUGUAGUAAACCACGGCUUUGUUGCUACCGCUUCUGUGACACCCGAGCUUGCCUUGCUCCGUUCUGUACCUUCUUUCUGUUUUGUUUUUGUAAAUUUUGGGACAUUUUUUUGUCAUUGUGAUCAAAGAGAACAGAACCUUUUAAAUAUCUCCAUUUUAUUAAAAUUAUGAUGAUAAUUAUUAAUAUAAUGUUUACUAUCUGAACUGAUCAAUGAAGUAAACUAAAAGCAAAAAAACCCAAA